AUGCCGUGGGAAAAGGUUCUCCGGUCUGCCCUGAAAUAUCUGCUUUGUUCGGCUGCCCAACGUGCUCAGAUCAGCGCCGGUGUUCCGGAAUGGCAAGGGCUGACUCCAACACUGGAGAAGGUCGGUGCAGAGAACAUCCGGCUGGGUUGGCCCGUGCCCUUGAGCGGCGGCUCGCCGAUUCUGGGCUAUCAUGUCGAUAUGGAGGCCAACGGAGAUGGUAGCUGGGAGAGGAUCUACGAUGGCACCAACCAGCCCUCCAAGCUGACCUUCACCGCUCUGGGGCUGCAUGCCUCCUUGACGUACAACUUCCGGGUCUUCGCGGAGAACCGGGUCGGCUUCAGCAGCUACACCGAAGCCUCCGUAAGGAUCUCGGACCUGAUGGCGGCGCACGAGGCGAGGCCAGAGAGCAUCCCGGUGUCGCUCAGUGCAGACGUCGAGCCGCAUCCCGAGACUCAGAGCUGGGAGGCAUUUUCCUUGGCAGAUGAAAAACCCACUCGUCAGGUCGGCGGCCGUCGCUUCAUCUUGUCGGUGCACGAUGUCUGCGAGUUGGACUCCACUGGAACGAUUUGUGUGCGAGUGGCGGCACCGCACCCCGACUACGCACCGGAUGUGCUCGGGGAGCCCAUCUGCUGCAUCCACUCCCUGGACCAGAGCACAGGGCUCUACCGUUUCCCUUACACGCUCCGUAAGGCCGGGAAGUACUCCUUGCUGGUGCAAGCCAUCGAGCCGGGCGGCUUGCUGGGACAGUAUUGGGACAACCAGUGGCUCUACGGCAUGCCGGUGGUCACGCGCCAGGAUCCGGAGAUUCGCCGAGAGCCCAGAAAGGAGCAGAGAAGGGAGUUCUCCUUGGGCGUCACGCAGCUCCUCGACGACUUGCUUGGCAAGGAGGCGCGGGAAGGCGGGGACGCGUCGCCCAAGCGGGAGACGGAGGAAGCCAUGCGCCGCAGCUUCCAAAAGGCGCAGGAGUUCUGCGAGGAGGCACAGAAAUACAUGGACCUCGUCGCCCAGGAGGAGGCCGAAGCCAGGAGGGAGACGGAUCUCAAGAGGAAGAAGGCGGAAAGGCGAUGGGAGAUGUCGGAAACAGCCGACUCCCAGAUGUUCUUCAGCUCCGACGGCUUCGAGGCCAUGAGGGUGGAGAACGAAGCCAGGCUACAGCAGGUGCACCAGGGCAUCGUUGACGUGAUGCAGAGCCACGGUAAGCAGGUUCCUGUCGACCAGGCAGCAUCUCCCUUUGCGCAGACCAUCGACUUCAAGAGCAGCCUUGGAUGCACCUUCAUCGACCAAGAAGACGAUGCAUCUCCGAUCCUGGAUUUCGAGCGGCUGCUGGAGCGCUGCGAGAAGAUGCAGGCCGAGCUCGAGCGUUGGGGCGACGUCCACGGCACCCCACGAGGAGAGGGAGAGGUAGAGGGGAAAGGGAUUACUCAUGCGCUUCUUGCGCAGGCGUCUAGACACGCUUUGUACAUUUCAGCCUCUGGGAGACGUGAUGCGACCGCCAGCCAGAGCUUCGACUGGGGCCUCGGCGCCGUGGCCCUGUACGCCUCGGACUACGUCUCCGUGCGCUGGACCGGCUUCCUGCUCCCGGAGCAUUCCGAGGAGUACACUUUCUACGUGAACGCCGACGACUCCGCGAGGCUCUGGGUGAACGGCGUCCUCCUCUUCGACAAAUGGGACGAGUGCUGCCAGGAGUUCUGGGGCCACAUCGCCCUCACGGCCGGGGAGCUGGCAUCGAUCCGCCUUGAGUUCCGCGAGGUGGCCGGCAACGCCACGCUUAGCCUGGAGUGGGCCUCGUUCUCGACGCCCCGAGGUUUCAUAAGCCCCGGUCAGCUCUUCAAGGGCCCCGUCAUCAACGGCGCACCCGUCUUGCUGGAGGUCGCUACCGGCACGGUGAGCGCCGCCAACUCCGAGGCGUUUGGCGAGUACUUGACAGGAGCCCGCUGCCUGGAGCCGGAGGCCCAGCGGGGAGGCUCCAAGAAAGAGGUCACGGGGUCCCGAGCCUUCUACAUCCAGGCAAAGGACACGGCUGACAACUUGCUGAAGAGCAACCAGGAGGUUUUCCAGGUCACUUUCAACGGGCCCGUGACCUUCACGGUGGUUUCAGCACCAGUAAACCCGGAUGCCAUGGAUGGCCUCUACAAAGUAGAGUACCUGGUGAACAGGGCUGGCACCUACCGGUUGUCUGUGGCUCUGAACGGCAUGCCCAUCAAGGACAGCCCGUUCCAGUUCGUUGCACGACCUGGCAGGGUGGCCUCCGAGUGGUCCACGGUCCAGGGGCUGGGCAGCAUCGAGUUCACCGCGGGCACGGAGUCCGAGUUCGUCGUCCAGGCCAAGGACGCCUACGGCAACGCCCUGGACGAGGAGGUCGGCGAGGUCACCGCCUCCAUCGAGUGGGAGAACUACGACUCCCUCACGACCAUGACCGUCCUGGACGACACGCCGCUGAACAACGCCGAAUUCGGGAGGUACUUCUACGGGAGAGCCAGCUACAUCGGAUUUGGCCAGUAUGACAUCAAGUACACGGCGCUCCGAGAAGGAACUCACAAGCUCUUUGUCAAGAUCAACGGUGGCAACGUCUACCUGUCGCCCUUCACCUUGAGGGGCUACCCUGCAGCGGCCCCCUACGGACCCAAGAGCCUGGCCGAGAGCGGGCAGCCGCCGGCGUCGGGCGUGGCGGGCGAUGAGAUCGUGUUCCAUGUGCAGCUCCGGGACGCUUACGGCAACCUCUUGGCCUCCAGCCCGGCCGGGGCCAUCGUCGUGCGCGUCAGCUCGGCGCCGCCGGUGAGCCAGGUGGACGAGGGAGUCUGUUCGCCGAGCACCGGCGGCAGCACCGGGCUCUACGAGUGUCGGAUUACUCCCACCGUCAGCGGGGAGCGGCUUCUGUCCGUUCAAGUCGACGGCGUGGAGAUCUCCAAACUCGAGAUGGUGCAGCCGCUGUCGCAGCUCACGGUCACCCAGGGCCCUUUCGCUUUGUUCGUCGAGCCAGCAGCAGUCUCGCCGGCGAAUACGGCCGUCUACAACGUUCAAUCCAGCUACCUGGCUGGAGCGACCGUGGACGCUCUGGUGCAGCUCAGGGACCGCUUUGGAAACAACCGCACAAGCAGCUCAGCGACGCUCCUCUUUCAGGGGCGGUUUGGGCCAAGCAUCCUAGCUUUCACCGACAACAAUGACGGGACAGUGACAGUGAAAGUGGGCACGCAUCUGGCCGGUGAGCAUCCUCUGCAGAUCACGCUGGCUGGAGUGCAGAUCUCCAACACGCCGACUCCGGAGAUCCCCGUCCUCAGCUCCAUCGCGAGAUUCGACGGCACGGACUGUGCCCUCCCUGCUGAAAUCAUCGCAGGGAUUCAGCAUCCGUUUCAGUGCGUGCCUCGCGACACCUUCGGCAACAAGGUCGUGGACAACAACUUGUUCAUUCAGGCGGAGUUCGUGAACAUGGACGACUCCUCCGCGCCUGUGAUCACUGUGGAUGGGACUUACAGCUUGGUGGAUGACAACUACGACUUUCCCUUGGAGAUCGACAAAGUGGGCGCUUACUCCGUGGUGACACAGCUCUGGGCUCGGGGCGGCCUCAUCGGGCGCUACUACCGGACCCCGGGUUUUCAGAGCCUGGUGUCGCUUCUGACGGACCGUCCACACCAGGGCCUGGCCUUGUUCGAGUACACGCGGGUGGAUCCCCAGCUGGACAUCAUCUGGCCGGACCAACCCGUGGCCACCUGCCCCGAAGACUACUUCUCCGUGCACUGGCACGGCUACCUCUU